AUGGCGGCCGACGAGAACAUCCAGGAUCUUCUUGAAGAAGUUCAUGCCAUCUCCGAGCAGGGCGAAUUCCGCCUCCACAUCAACCAAGUGCCGCUCGACAUGGACGACUACGCGCGCGUCCGCUGGAUCCUGCUAGCCUGGCAGCGUGAAACGGUGGAAGACGCACUCGCCCAGUCGAUGGACGACGACUCCGGCGUGGAAGAGGGCGAUUCCGAUGUAUCGUACUACGACAACGACGAAUAUUACGAUGACGGCCUCUACGAAGAUUUCGAUUGGUACGACGCGUAUGUCCGGGAUUACGACGUUCGC